AUGUUCAAAGAUAAAAUUCUCAACAAAGCAUUAGACGCAACCGCGACUCGGAUAGCCGCAAUAAAUCAGCGGAGGGAGGAAAUAAAAGAAAAAUUGACUCGCCCCGGAGAAAAAAAGCUCUCCAAAAUAAUUUUGACCUUACGCCCUCCAGCGACUCCACAAUCCAGAAAAUUAACUUACGCUGAUGAUGGUGAAAAAAAAGAAGUUCGCGGCGGAGGAGGCUUCCAACUUACCUUCUCAGGAGAAAUUGUCAGUUGUGAAGUAAAAUCAGAUAUUUUCACAACUGAGGAACAAUCCCGCGAAUUCACUAAUUUUAUGGCUAAAUUUGGCGAAAAUGAAAAUGAGUUAAGAGUUUUGACAAAAGAGGCUGAUAGCGGUGAAGUUAUUAAAUUUUAUCAUCAAUACCAACCUUAUUAUGAGUUUACCAAUUUUGCUCCCAAUCUUCCUAUUAAUGAUUUUCCUAGUGUAGCGGGCUACGAAAAUCUGGCGGGUCGGGAAAAAGUAGAAGAGUUUAGGAAAUUAAAAAGUGCUAGCGAAGCGUUUGAAUUAAAAAAGCGAUGCGGACAAACUGUUAAAGUAGAGCAGAAAGUCCGCCAAAAUCCAACUCUGGCAAAAACUUUAUUAACCACUAAUUACCGGAUAAUAAUUGAGGAUACCCAAAGCGAUACCAAAUGGCUGGAUGGCACGGACAAACCGGAAAAACUUCGUGAUGAUUGUUGGGGUAAUGCUCCUUUGCAUCGCCGGAAUAAGCAAGAAGCCGAAUUAGCAACCUUUGAUAGAGAUAGUUUAACCUUACUUGGUCAUCCUUAUUUGGAAACGAGAAAAGCAGAUGAGGAAAUUAAGCAGUUAGAAGCCGAAAUUCAAGCAAAAGUGGUAGCAGAAUUAAAGGAAAAGUUAAGCAAAACUAAAAUAAUGUCGAAAAGAGUAGAAAAAUACGAAAAUUUAAUUAAAUCUCUGCGAGAUGGAAGUAAAACCACCGAAGGGGGAAAAAUACUAGAAUUGAUUUCUGAAAAUACUUCAUUAUCAAGCAGCGAAUAUAAAUUAAGCGGAGAGUUGGUCGAAAUUCACGAAGAAUUUAAUGGUGCGGCAGAAGAUUUUUCGAUUGGAGAAGAAGCGAAACUCAAAGCAAUUUUUGCGGCUCGCAAAAGUGAAGAAAAGAGCAAAAAAACCCCAACAAGUGAGGGAAGUGGCGUGCGAACAGAAACUGGCGAUAUUGCUAAUUAUCUUGAACCACUGGAAGAAAUUAUUACCAACUGGAAAAACCAAGUAGCAACGAUAAUUGCCGAAGCCAAUUUAACCAAUGAAGAGGGAGAACCAACAAAAGCUCAGGAAGAAUUUGAAUUAAUUCUCCAAGAAUUUUUACUCAGCAAAGUAAAGUUAUUAAAAGAAAUUGAUUUGGAAAACCCCAGUUUAGUAAUGGCAAGUUUGGGGGAAAUUAUCAGAACUAAUUUUUCGGUGGAACCAGAGUCUAAAACCUAUCCCUAUUCGUAUAUUAUCACGAAAAAACUAUUCGAGGCUAAGUUAAAAGGUAUCGAGCAAGUGCUGAGCCUGCCUAAGAGCUCUCAUGGUAAGGCUAAUAAUUUAAGAAAAAAUACCAAAAUUGCCACCGAGCCAGCCAAAGAAUUGUUGGCUAGAUAUUCCUUGAAAUUGGUUAAUCCGGAGUCAGAGUUAACCCAAAGAAUUCUCAGUAAAGUUCUCGUGCGGAGAUUAUUAGAAGGGACAGAGGGAAUCUUGAAUGAACCCCAGCAGACCGUCGAAAGCUGGGAACAAAAAUUACUGAAUUCGCAACGGGUAGCACUAACAAAAUUAGAAGAAUUAGAAAAGAAAGAGAUUAAUUUAGGUGGGAGAAAUUUAGACUUUGUGGCUAUCACUCAACGAAAGUGUCCGAGCCAAAUGAGAGGAAGAAGCAACGAAGAGAGUAAAUUUUUUCCGGGAAAAUCUGCCCCAACUCUGACGAAUUGUCGCCUUUCGCUUCCCAGUCAGCAACUUAGUUCUCAAAUGAAAGAAAACCGCGAUAAAGUAUUAUUAGAAAAAAUUAACUACCAAGAAUUUAUUUUUCAACCAGCCUUGGUCGAGCAAAAAGGGGAAGAAGAAACACUUGUUAGACCAGCGAUUAUUCUAGAAGGAAAAGAAAAUUCAGAAAAAGUGGCAGCCGAAGAACUUCGCUUGUUGGAUUUGCUGCGGGCGAAAGAGACCGAACUAGAUUCAGCCACUCCUUUACUCACGUCCGAAAUUAUUCGCGAGCGACAAGAAACUGGGGAAAAAAUCAAGCUUUCCCAGCAAGUUAGACCAUUAGCCAAGGAACUAAAUGAGUAUAGUUUGGGUUAUAAAGUAAUAGUUAGUGGAAAACUAGUAGUGGCAAGAGAAGAAGAAGGUCGAUUUAAAAAAAUUAUUUCGCCAGCAAUGCGGGAAAAAUUAAAUAGUUUUUUGCCCGAAGAUAAAAAAGUAGGUCUUGAUUUAGGGGAAAUUAGCAAUAAGGAGAGAAAUAAUGCUAUUGUUAAUGAGGCUUUGGAAUUUCUUCAAGAAAUUAUCAAUAGUGAGGAAGCAAAAACCGCAAGAGUAAGUGUUGUUUAUCAAGAAGGUAGCGAAUAUGAGGCAGAGGAAUUUGCUAGUAUUAGUGUGGGAGAAUUAGAACUGGCAAAGAUUAGAAUAGAUGGUGGAGGAACCAAGAAAAGCGAGGAAGGGACAGUAAUAUUAGAAGAACCAUCUAGUUUAGUGAUAGGGGGAGAUUUAUUUGACGAAACUGACCAUACUAGUGAUGAGAAGGCUGAGGAAAAAACCUUAGCCGAAUUGCUAACCGAGGAAAAAAACCUAGCCAACUACGGUAUUCCAGAAUUAGAUAAUUUAUUCCAAGCGUGGAAAGUUUAUAUUCAACCACAGUUCAGCAGCAGUGAAGAAGCGAAAGAGGCUGAAAAAAUAUCCGCGGAAAUAAAAGAUUGGUUGGAAAUAUUUAUCGAACGAUUAAUUACAAUAACGCAGCCGGAUAAUUUAAAGUCUGAGUCAAUGAAAAGAGCCAGCCAAUUAAUUGAAGAAUUUCUUUAUCCCGUUUCGCACACAGAGAAAUAUAAAUAUCAAGACCAACUAAUUGAGAUUGUCGGAGAACUUUAUAUCGAUAACAAUAAAACGAAUAUAUUUCAUAGUUUCAUGAUGAAUAGAAUGGAUUUUCCCCACAACCGCACUAAUAAACUUAAAUUUAAUUUAGCCAAUUGCUACCAACAAAUAAUUGCCACGGCUCGCGACGAGGAUUUAGCCAAAUUCCUCAAAGCCAGAAAGAAAAUUGUCUUGGCAGAAGAACCCCCUCAAAAAAAGAUUCGAACUGAGGAUAAAAGCAAAGUCGGCUCCGAACUGGGAGUGAAAAAAACUCCCACUGGUGAUUUCUUGUCUUUCAUUUUACUGCGGGCAAUAAGAAUACGAAAAAACAUUCUUAACAAAAAAUCGGUGGAAAACGAAGAAAAAUUAUUAUUAGAAGUAUUAGGUUUAGAAUCCAACCAACCCAAGAAAAUUUCUUACCUGCUUUUCGAGCCCGAGGCACUGGUAAAACUGGGCGGAGAUAAUUUGCUAGCCCAAGAAGAAAUUACUAAAAAAGACCGACCGGUAGAGGAAGUUGAGGACGAAGAAACAGACAAUCAUUAUACAGACAGCGAAAGGGAGGAGGAAAGCGAACCUGAUGAUGCUCUACCAAAACUUAAUGACUGA